AUCAGCUGACGCUCAUACGAACACCGACAGGAGAAUGUAGAAAAUGCGAUCGCGAUUAAUCUGCGGAGGGAUUCGAAUUGAAGGAACUGUGAUUAAAAACGAUUUAUACAUCUCAUUUCACUUCAGUGAAGAAAGUGUAUGUUGUACUUAACAGCCGAGGAUCUUAAAAGUAGUGAGGUGGACAGUUGUUUUGAAAUUUAAACUAAAUGUUUUCAUGAACGUAACAUAACUAAGAAAAUGCAGGAUAUAGUCUUAAGAAAUUAUUCGUCAGUGUCACCAGAACGAUGCCAAUUAUCGUUCGACAACCAGACUAAAGUCGUGUGAAUCAUGAAGAACAACCUGGCGCCUGAUUUCACGACGGACAACGAGAUAUACAAAGACGUAGUCAUUGUAGGAAAUGGCCCAUCGGCUAUGGCACUUUCGUUUCUACUGUCAGGAAACUUACCAUAUUACACUGGUGGAGAGCAUCCAGAUGAAAUGUUAACUGCUCGGCUGAGGGUUACGUCACUUGAUGUGACAUUGUUGGAUCAAGAUUUGGAAUUCCUGUCUCAGGGACUAGAGGGACGGUCACAAAACCCUGUUGCAGUGUUGAUGGAUAGCCUGGCUCGACCAGGAGCUGACAUUGGCUUGGAGAUUGAUCCUUUGGUACAAUACAGACGUGCACCAACAGGACGGCAGUUACCCUCUUACAUUGCACUGGGACGUGGGCCUCCAGGUGGUGUAUGGCGACGCGUUGAUGGACAAGUGCUAGCACUGUCUCCAGCUUCUUGGAUGUCAUUGCCAGGUGUUCCCCUGGAAGGGAGUGGGCGUCCUCCUGCAGGAAGGGUUGCACAGUAUCUUGCUGCAUAUCCUUCUAUAACAGGAAUCAGUGACAAUUUCCACUCAGGAGUAGAUGUAACACGCAUCUCUCCUCCUCCUGUUGCUGAAAGUUCUGACAAGCUGUGGAGGGUGGAAGCAACUGAUGGUCGUGCAGUAUUUAAUUACAAAUGCAGGACAGUGGUCCUGGCAACUGGAGCACAUGAUGUACCUAAUCAAUUGGGAGUGCCUGGUGAAGACAGCUUGCGAUGGGUUUUCCAUGAUGCCGCCUCCUUGGAGCGAGCUCUUGACUGUCCUGGUAUGAUAGGCACUGGCGUAAACCCUGUGCUUAUCGUAGGUGCAGGGUUGAGUGCUGCUGAUGCUGUCAUAGCUGCCCGCUUCCGUUCUCUUCCAGUCCUACACGUGUUUCGGAGGCGUCUUGAUGCACCGCUGUUUGAUCAUGUGCUGCCUGAGAAUGUUUAUCCUGAGUACCAUAAGGUACGUCAAAUGAUGGCUGAUGGAGGUCACUGUUACCCAAGGUACCAGGCUCUGGCAGAUGCUGCUGUAUUGGAGUUCUCUGAGGAAGGGACAGGUUCACAGGCUGUUCGAUCAGUGCUUAUUCGUGGAGCGGACGGGAAAAGAGAGCGAGUCCAAGUGUGUGCUGCUGCUAUCCUGACUGGUGCUAGGCCUAAUCUCUCAUUUAUUCCUGAAGAGCUUGUGGCACAACUUACAUGUAAUUCAGCAAAGCCAGUGGAUCCACGUCGUAAUCCAAUUGCUGUGGAUCCUUAUACUCACAAAGUGCUCCAUGCUCCUGCAGGUCUUUACGCUUUAGGACCUCUUGUCGGUGACACCUUCGUGCGAUUUGCUGCUGCUGGAGCCCAUGCUGUUGCUGCAUCUCUGCUUGGUGACCUUACGUAACCAACAUAAGGGAUGAAACUUGGUUGACUUUCUUAUUGUGCUAUGAAAACACCAACAGCUGGGUAACUUGCCAGCUACUACAGUGGCAUCUGUGGAUCGCUGUAUAUAAAUUCAACAUGUCUGUGAUAUUAUUUUAUUAAUUUCCUGUUGUGUAUAAACUGAUCCUUGAUGUGACAAUGGUAUUCUGAUCAGAUACUGAAUGAUUUUGUAAAUAUGUGUGUAGGAUAUAGUUUUUCAUAUUGUCAGUCCUAUGUUUACUGACUCUAAUAUUGAGUCCAAAAUCAGUAUAUUAAUGCAGCAAGCUGUAUUGGUGGGUGCUAUUUUUAUGUUCCAUGAUGCAUUGAUGUCUAUUUAUUUAUUUUCAUAUCAUUUUUAAAAUAUAUAAGCAGAAUUUUAUUUAUUUGUGUUGUUUUAUCAUUAUUUCACCCAAAAAAUUUAAAAGCAUGAAGAUUUUAUUUUUUAACACUGGCAGUAUUUACAGGAAAAUAAAUUACAUACAUAAAGCAGUAUUUCACUGGGGAAAUAGUAGUAGGUGAUGGGACUGUUCAUUAGACCAUUGUUGUUGUCAUUAGAGAUUUUGCAGAAAGAAUUAAACAUUUCAGUGGGGAAAAAGAUCUUUGCUAGUAAUGACAUUACUUUUAUACCACACUCUAGCACUACAUUAAAUAUUAAACUUGUUUCACAUCCUCAAAGUUCGGUCAGACUCUGACUGAUUAAAUUUGGUUUCGCACUAACACCCAAACCUCCAGGUGUCAGACACUCAGUUUGGUACUAGACAUGUAUGUAGAUAGACUAUCAACCAAAACACUGAUUUAGUUCGUGCUAUGUGCUGUCAUCCAGUAGAAAAUGUGUAAAUAGUAAUUAAAAGUAGCACCACAACUGCAGAACAUCGGAAAAGCAUAUUAGUGAGAGAUGAUCUUGUAGCUCUCGUGUGAGUGAGUUUGUAGUGUGUCAGGUUAUCGUGUCAAAGAUUCUGCAUUGAAAUUCCACAGAUGACAAUUUGUUUCAACUGUUUAUAUAUGAAACGGUUGUAGGGGAGAACAUUUUCCUGACAUGUGAAAGGACUUUUCGGAGUUUGUAGCAAUGUUCAUUUGGUAGUCUGCUUUCACUUCUUUUGUUGAAAGUAGCAAACCUAGAGAGUACAUUUGGGUGUGGUCUUCUGUCGGACGUGCGACUGAACAGAUAACAUUUGUGAUAAACCAGCUAUUGUAUUUGUAGUGUCAUAUAAUAAACAUAAACUAUCGGAACACUAGAACAAAGAAACAAUUGCGUCACACUUGUGGAAGUAUUAAUAGCCCCAUAUAACACUUUUGCGCAUAAUACAGUAAAAAAAUUGUCACUAUUGGGGUAUAAACUUAGGAGCACUGGUAUGACGAUUUAACAUUCUACCUACUUUUACACAGGAGCUGUACAUACUAGUUCCUCACAGUUAUGCUUUUCCUGUGCCCCUUAGUUCUUUUAAUUAACGUUUACGCCCGUUCUGCUGGUCAACAGCACAUAGUAUGACCUAAAUCAGUUUUGGUUGAUACUCUAUCGACAUACAGUGUUUGGUUCCAAUCUUAGUGUCUGACAUCUGUAGGUUUGAGUGUAAGCAAAACAAAGGGCUUAAUGUCAGUCAUUCAUAAGCAAAAUUGAAAUUAAGUGCCCCAUAUAUUUGGCAUAUGUGAUGUAAACAGAUUGUCCACACUUGAGCAUACUGACAUUGCGGUUAAUGCUAGUGAUCUGUGUUACUGCUGUGGAAAUAAUGUUUAAAUAUUGCUUCAGAUAACAAUCUGUGGAAAUAAAAAGCCCUGUGGCUGUGGGUGGUAGACCCCAACCAUAACAUCAAAAUUUUGUCGAGAUAUUGUUAAAUCCCUGUCCUCUAUUGUGCAGGGUCUGACACAACUGUUGAAAAGCAGUAUAACUAGCUUGUACUCCCUAAAUUGUGUUGUUACUGUUAGUGGGGAUGAAUGUUAUUAAGACGUUUACUAUAAUCUUAAGCCUAAAUGUCUUCUCUGUUUAGAAAUUUUGGCACCAGUAGAUUCCCAGAUUUAUUUAGUUACUUGGACAUUCAAUGAUAUUGACCAUACAGUCAUCGAUGUAAUUUAUUUUUGUUAUGAAAUCUUGUAUAACAACAUUUUCUUUUCAUGCUUCUGUUAUAGUUUCCUUAAAUUAAACUUACAACAUUGGUAUGAAAAUUUAGCUAGUAUUUUAUGCACUAUCAUAUCAUUCUUGAAAAGUAAUUUGUUGACAGUUGUUGGCCAGAUUUUACUAAAACAUUAAACCUUUCUGGCAAUUGAUCUACCACAUAUUGUUACUGUGUAGCUGAUCAGUGCUUCUGGUGAAAAUUGCAUGACUCUUGCCUGAAUGUGCAUUCAUUACUGUCACUCCAGUUGUUUCACAUAAAGACCUCUGACUGGGACUGUAACAGUUCCUUCAAAGUCCAUCACUUGCACUUAAUGUUUAUGGUGGUUCCAGCUUCCCUAACAUCAACAGCACAGUGAGUGGGAGCAAGAGCCCCAUGAAAGAUAAAUUUUCUCUAAAUUGCCAGUCAUUCUGUUUCUUCAUUCCUUUAAAGAUGUCUUAAUUGCUAUGGUAUGACACCCAUUUCACUUUUUGACACAUGCUGAUAAGUGCCCAUUGAAUAUGUUUUCCCAGAGCCUGUCUGGCCAUAUGCUAUUAUUGUCACAUUACUCUAUUCUUCAGAAUAGAGUUAAAAGAUACUGUUUGAGAUGAGAUGAUUCAGGGCAAAACAUGGAGUUACACGUAUAUCUCUGUACUACUAAGCUGAAGGAACUGUCCCCAAAAAUGUUUGACAACCUCUUUCACUUUCUGAAGAAACUAGAGACUGUAUCUGUAGAGCUACUACAAUACAUCUGCACAAAGAAUCACAGUAAAUAGUCUUUGCGGUUUAGAUGUCUCCUCUGUCAAUCUACCUCACAAUGCCAUAGCUACUUCAUGACAUACGAUGGCGGUUUAAUACACACAAAAUGGAGUGGGGAGCAGAUGCUUACAUUCUUGUGUACGUACAUAAAGGGAGAUAGAGGAAAUAUAUUUUGCUGCAAGCAGUUUAUUUGAUGACAGUAUCAAGGACAUUGUGGCUAUAUAGAAAGAUACAUACACAGAUUCCAACCAGUUUUGGGAAAAUAAAUAGUUGGUAUUUAACACGUUGACUGCCAGGAGGCCGCUGGUGCCCACAGCAGAGCCUACAUCUGAUGCCGUUUACCAGGCAGCAGCCACAGCAGAACCUCACAUCUGACAUCCUGGCCAGAUGGUGAAACAGUCAACACUGGUGGAUGUGUGGCAGUCAAUGUGUUUAAGUGAGAAACCACUUGUGUUUUCAGUCGACUUCUAUAGAGAAUGAAUAUAUGAUCCAGAGAAAGAAUUGAGAUUAUUAUUUAUUUGACAAAUGAUAAAAGAUUCCCUUUCCUUAAAACCUGCUUAAUGCAGUAGUUUAAAUUUAAUACGUCUUGUAAUAUGAAAAUGCUGAUGAGAGAGGAAAAAAUUACAGUGGUGCUAUGUAUGUCUUCCAACUAACAUUUGAGAAAGUUAAAUGAAGCACAGUUUUCAUGUAUGUCCUCUUAACUUUUUAUUUAGACAAAGUAAAGUUUCAUUUGAUGUUUUGCAAGUUACAUAAUUUUCUAAAUUGUCAGUUUCAUAAUACUAACCUGUUGCAGAAAUAGAGUAGGUGUUGUACUGAAAUUAAAUGUACCUUGUAUUUCAACGUUGUUUAAUAUAGAAUAGUAGUAAGUAACUAUGAGCAGAACUUGAAAGUGGGCAACUAAUCUUAAUUGCAAUACUCUACCUGUUGCUGCUGCUUUUAUUUUGAGACUGAUUAUUUGUAUUCAUAAAAAUGUUAAUUGAGCUGUUACUGUCUAUAAAAAAAAAGACAAUACUGAAAUGAAAAUGCACAAUAUAUAAUUGCUAGGAAUAUGAAGCUGCUUUUUUUUGUCGGAAACAGCAAAUAUACCAGUAAGCAAGGUUCCACGAUCUAUUCAGUACCCUAAUCAUGGGCACAGAAUGAGUAAAGCUUAACCUUUGAGCAGGUGCACCUAUGUAUAAAGUGCGCCAAUCACAAUAAACAUUGUCUUGUACCAUUC